CACUGCGUCUCACAGCUCGGCGCUCGCCAGCAUUUCCGGUCUAGGCCGUCUGGACCGGUACUCCGUUAAACCGAGCGAGUGUGUUCACCGAGCCCAGCCCGCCUCCCAGUACCUGCUGCGGGCGGCGACGCCAUGGAGCGCCUUGAUAAAGCGGCGCUGAACGCGCUGCAGCCGCCCGACGUCAGAAAUGAAAGUUCAUUAGCAUCUACCCUGAAGACGCUCCUGUUCUUCACAGCUUUAAUGAUCACUGUACCUAUUGGGUUAUAUUUCACCACUAAGUCUUAUGUUUUUGAAGGCGCCUUUGGGAUGUCCAAUAGGGACAGCUAUUUUUAUGCUGCUAUUGUUGCGGUGGUUGCCGUCCAUGUGGUGCUGGCCCUUUUCGUCUAUGUGGCCUGGAAUGAAGGCUCACGACAGUGGCGUGAAGGCAAACAGGAUUAAAGCGCACAUCCCCUUUUGAUAGCAUUAAAUUGAUUUUUUAAAUGGUAAAUGUGUCUGGGAUACUGACGAUUUCCCUAAAGUUAUAAGAACAUGUUAAAAUGGAUCUUAAGAGUCACGUUGACUAAUGUAAAUUUUGAUCUUUCUAAAUACAGUGGUUUGCAUCAAUUAUAACUGUAUGAGCCUCUCAUUUGCAACAGAAUUUGGAAAAAUGAAAUUGGUUACAAAUAAGUAUGUUGAGUUAAUUACACAUUAUUCUGGGAAGAAUUUGAUUAUUUUACAACAGAAAAUGUUUUAUAGCACUUUGUCUUUUGGUUGGUUUUUGAGUUCUACUUUUCUGGAUAUUUUAAGAUGUACAGAGCCAAGCAAAUCUAAACUUUAUUUUUCUCUGGAAUACUUCCCCUAAACUAUCAUCAAAGUGCCAGGUCAUUGGAUUUUAGGUUGUAAAUUCCUAUGGAAAAAUCGCUUAAAUGUAGGUAAUAGAAUUAAUCUGAAUGUCACUGAAAAUUUCAAAGAAAGUGUAACCCCUAGUCAAUAGGAAUCUUGCAUUACAUUAUUUCAGAGGGAAUCUAGGGUGAAUUCCAUUUUACAUCAACUGGUUUAUUGAAGGAUCUCAAUAGCAAAGCAGAGCUAGUUGCUUGGACACUGGUCUGCUUCCCUAAAGACCCCUCGCAGGCCUGCCUGUGCUUGCAGAUCAAUUCUUUAAUAAUCUGCUUUGCUCUGUUGUUCAGCAAUGAAGUUACACUUUAAUUCCCAGGUUUGUGUAAAUUCCUUUUAAAUUUGUUUUUCCUACUGUUUUUUAUAAUGUAUAUGAUAGGAAUUUACAUUUAAAUGGUGGUUUUUUGCAUACUUAGGGAGUGUAAACCAUCCUGAAAAUAGAUUGUUUUUAUCACCCAGGAAGAAUUCUUGGGAUUUUUAGUCUAUUUAAUCAGAGCCCUUAUAUAUAGUUAGAUAAUCCUUGAGGUCCUUGCUGAUAGAAAAAGACCCUAUGAUUUUACUUUAGUAUCUUUAGUCGAUGUUAUUUCUAGCCACUUGGUACUACUUGUGUGCAAUUUAAAAACACACCCAGAAAAGUACAUAUUAAAACAAGAAGAAAAUUUAAAUUUCCUGUAAUUUUGCCACCUGGAGAUACCCACUAUUUUGAUUUACAUCCCAUAGGCAUUUCUUAAUGCUGGUUCCACACGCACUGAAAGUUUGGGUCAAGUUCAAAUUCUGCCAACUUUACCUUACAGCUGUUAGCAUUUUUUUCACAUGAGUGAUCAGCGGCCAUUUUCUCAAACAAACAAACAAACAAACAAAUGCACACACACACAUUCUACCUGUAUUCUUAAAAGUAGAUAAUCUCUGUUCAAGUUUCCUGUUAUUGCUAAUUCGUAAUACAGUGGCCCUUGUUGUUUUUGCCAUUUACCAACUUGUUUGUUCACCUCUAUUUUUAAUGUUGUGGAACUGGGUUCGUAUAGUUAAAUGUUGUCUACAGUUUAAGUGUCUGUAAGCAGUUAAUCUAAAUGUAAAGUGUUUUCUUCAAAAAGACUACAUUUUCAUAUAAAAUUGUACAAAUUUAUUAUAAAAUUAUAGAAAAGCCCGGUUUGAGUCUGGGGUGCUGUGUGGUGGAUUUCCAGACAGUCCCCUCUUUAGAUGCCUUGUACUUGGAAUUGUGCACGUAACUUCCUUUUCUGCAAUGCCAAAGUUUUUGUACUUUGGGGAUGUUACACUGUUUGUAAAAUGGUACUGUCCAAUGUUGGAUUAUUUUGUUUGACUUCAGAUGUUCGCUGAGUAGAUAAUGAUAUGGAUAUUUUUUGCAAAUACUUAACCAGGGAUUCAUGCAAAAGCAGUCGUAAUUUCCUCUUGGAAAAAAUACCAAAUGAUUAAAAUUUAGAAUCGGAUGCUAGAAUUGAUAUUGAGGAUUAUUACAGUAUAGGCUUGUUUUCAAACCAGUUAAUUUUUUCCUGGGGUUUUAACUGUUAGCUUGUUAGUUUGCUGCUGUUGAAAUAACAUAUGGUAUUUGACAUCUUAUUUUUUAAGAUGUCUCACUAGUUUCCUGUUGCACAGUGUACAUACUUCAUGAUGUUUAGAAAGAAAAGCUACAAUUGAGCCCUUAUACAUGUUUUAAGGUAGGAAUAUGUUCAUUAUUGUUUGAAAACUGAUUGUAAGAAGAACCUCAGUUAGGAAGUAACUUGAAAUGUCAGUACAAGCUACUGAUUUAACCCCAUUUACUGUAACACGUUACUUUCCUCACCUCACCUCCCAUUUUGCCCCCCGGAAUAUAAUCUUUUUCCCCAUUGUGCUGAAAACUGAGAAGUCUGCUGUAGAAUGCAUCUAAUGUCAUUAGCUCUUCAAGUGGAUACCAUUUUACAUGUAGCAGCAAAGUUCCAUUUUGAGUUGUUACUGAAGAAAUUUAAACCUUUUAUUUAAAAAAAUGCGCUCCAUGGAAAUCUAACUGAAAUACGUGGUAAUAAUUAGACUGCUUUCAUCAUAAAAAUCUCAUCAGCUUUGCCAAAAGAAGCAACCGAUUGACUUAUUUGGUGUCUAUUUUCCAUUUUCACAUAAAUUUCAUAUAUACAUCUAGAAUACUCAAGGAGACCAGUGAAAGCAAAUAAGGUGUGCACAAGGAAAGAUGAAAGCUGUAAGUACAUGAAAAAAAGAAUUAAAAUUCUGUCUGAGCUGGAUCUGGUGUGUAUUUCUUGUUGCCAGACAGGUUCAUGUUUACACUGAAGUGUAAAUAAAGUCCACAACUGUUGUUGCGAGGCCUCUUUUAUAAAUGAUUAUGGCACCGACUUUGUCACUUCUCUUAGGUCAGCAGCAGAUUUCUCUGCUGUCAGUUGCUCUGCGUCCUCCACCAGAGUAGUAUAACUAUUAAUUCAGACUCGAUUCUUGUAUUUCAGAUAAAUUUUGCAAAAGGUAGGCUGAAACAGCACAUUAAUAACUUGAGAGUUUUCUUUCCUUUUUGUAAGGGUAAAGGGUCACCUGACUAAAUUAUUUUCAGAGACUUUGGGAAUCUAUUACAUGAAAUCUGAACAGCUUAAUCCCUUAUACUAUUUAUUAAAAUAGUCUGGAAUCCCUCAAUUUAUCAUCACUCCUGGCCAUGUUCUUCUCGCUUGUUUCAUUGCUAUGUGUAAUUGAAAGUAAUCUCUGCGUUCCUUUUAAGAUGUUUUACAAGUCAUAUUUGUCAGUUACACAGACUAGUCUUCCUUUUUCUCAAGUUCAGUGAAAUCUCACUGAACAGUGAUAAUAGCAAUAGCUAACAACAUCUGCACAGCACCUUACAGUUUGCAAAGAACGUUCACAUAUUCGCAUUUGAGUUUUGCAUAGUGAACCUGUUAUGAGAUGUCUCCUGACAUCAAUGCUUAAACGUGUUAGAAUCUUUAAAUCACUAGUCAUUGAAUAUGCUGUAGUUUUGAAUAGUGCCCAGACUGGGGCAGGCUUUAGAUGCGCUGUGUUGAAAGCUGUGUGUAAAAUGGGGGGCUUGAGUUCUUUAGCCAGUUGAUUCAGAUUUGCUUUUGUUAAGUGAUGCUUUUUUAGCCGUUAUCUGGAUGGAUUUUGUAUUCGUUAUAUUCUAGCCUGUAAUUUGUAUAAAUUUACCAUCUGUUGUCAUUAAAAAAUUGUUCAUAAUGCCA